CUCAGAUGAUGCUACAUGCCGUGGCUGCUGUAUUUGUUCACAAUGAUGCGUGCAGCACUGGGCAUCUGGAUCUUCUCUGCAGUGAUCUGCGUGGGGAGAAGCCAUCACCAUAUCGGUCAUGAUUCGGCAAACCAAGACACUGCACUAGACAGCAGUGCCAACAGUCUCUCACUGGUGACUUCAGCAAACAAAGAGUUUGCCUACCGUCUGUACAGGAAGUUAGCAGCUCAUGCUGACUCAGUAGGCAAGAAUAUCUUCUACUCCCCAGCUAGUGUGACUGCUGCCUUGGCUGCCUUGUCCGUAGGAGCACGGGGGGAGACCCACAAGCAGCUUUUCAGCGGUCUGGGUUUCAACAACACCCUCCUGACGCAGACAGAUGUGAAUCAGGUCUUUCAGGUACUCCUCGAAAGGGAAAACAAGACAUCAAGUGAAGGGACCGCUGUAUUUGUGGACAACAAGUUCAAGCCACGACCUGAGUUCCUGGGGGCCUUGAAGCAGUACUACUAUGCAGAUGGGUUCAGUGUCGACUUCACCAAAACCACAGACAGCGCCAAUACCAUCAAUAAGUAUGUGGAGGAGAAGACCAAUGGGAAGAUAGACAAGCUGGUCGAGAACCUGGAUCCAAACACAGUCAUGUAUCUUAUCAGCUACAUCUACUACAAAGGAAAGUGGGCGACUCCAUUUGACCCCAAGCUCACCAAGGAGGACACGUUCAAUGUGGACGCAAACACCAAGGUUCCAGUCCAGAUGAUGAAUAUGGAGAAGAAUGUUGAGAUCUAUAACGACCAGGGAAUUAACACAUCAGUCCUCCACCUCCCCUUCAACAGCACCUACUCCAUGCUGCUGUUGUUGCCUGAUGAUAUGGCAACACUGGAGAGAAACAUUGGCGCAGGCUAUAUCACUAAAUGGCUGAAGUGGACGAAAUCCAAGAAAUAUAACAUAUAUAUUCCAAAGUUCUCCAUCAAGGCCUCCUUCACGCUAAAUGAUGUGUUGACUGAAAUGGGAAUGACAGACAUGUUUGGUGAUCGUGCAGAUUUGAGUGGCAUUUCAGAGGCGCAAAACCUGGUAGUCUCAGAGGUUGUUCACCAAGCUACCCUGGAUGUCGAUGAGGUCGGAGCUACCGCUGCAGCUGCCACAGGCAUUGGCAUAACCCUCAUGUCCUUCCAACACAUCCCUGUCUUGAAGUUCAAUCGUCCAUUUAUGGUCGUCAUCACUGAACGCAGCACAGAAAACGUCCUAUUCAUGGGCAAGAUUAUCAACCCAAACAUCUGAUGGAAUAAACACUUUGUGUUUACUGAAGCACAGCUGUUGCAUCACA